AUGGCGAAGUACAUCGUCGUGCCGCCGGCGGAGGAGUGCCAGGCGGCCUGCAACAUCGCGCGCAUGUGGGGCUGCCUCUUCUGGGGCCUGCAGGCCGUCGUCGCCGGCGGCAUCGUCGCCGGCGGCGUCGGCGACCGCACGGCCGCGGCCGCGAAGCUCUACGUCGGCGCCGCGCUCGCCGUCGCGUACAAGGAGGACGUCGUCCGCGAGGUCGUCGCCGCCGGCGCCGCCGUGGAGAUCGUCGUCGCGCUCCUCCUGCUCUCGCGCGCGGCCGCCGCGCCGCGGCCGAAGACCGCGCGCGCGUGCCACUUCGAGGAGAACUUCACCUGCCUGUGCCUCACGUCGGAAGGCGCUACGUACAGCCCGGCCAAGGACACGCUCGCGGCCAAGGCCGCGCUCAAAGUGCUCAAGGAGUUCUCCCUUCAGCCGGAGGGGGACCUGGCAAGUAGACUAGCGGAGACUCUCGAGCAACAUGAACCGGCGGAACUCGCGCGCUUCCUCGAGGGCGCGGUGCGCGUCGCCAGAGAGAUCCUCUACCUGACUUCAGCGAAUAGAGAGUACGCGGCGAGAGUUUUCAAGAACACGCGCGCGAACCACAGCGAGAUCAAGGCCUUCUUCGACUGCGCGCUCAAGGGCCUGCCCUUCGACCUCGCGCUCCGGACGACGAUCCGGGCCUGCCCGCGGUGCACGAUGUUCUUCAACCUCAUCAAGGCCUCCGUCCAAGCCCACGUCCCGGCCCCCGCGCGGCUCUGCCCUGAGGUGCCCCCCGCCUGCGACCACCCGUCCGUGACGACGGCCGAGGGCCUCAUCGUCCUCGCGAAGUGGCCCCCGCGGCCCAUCUAG